ACACAUUUCUACCAGGAUAUAGCGACAACUUCAGCAAUUAUGACAAAAAAAUAUUUUUGCAAAUCCUACUGAGAGCAGCUUUAAACCCACGUAGCCGUUAAAUAAUCUUUUUUUACAGUACAGGAAACUUGAGACGCAUGAUCAAGCUUCAUUUACGCACUUGAAGGCAACAUUCAAAUACACUCGUGUGAUUGGAGGAUAAGGCAGGGGGGGCGUGGUCAAGGUGUUGUUAGCCGGACACCCGCCGCCUCACGCGCCUGUUGCGCUCGUGCAGCUUAUCAACUUCUCUGCGCGCGACCGGAGCGGAGAGACCGAGUGUCCCCGAGUGUCCCCGAGUGUCCCCGAGUGUCCCCGUCACUAACCUCAACAUGGGUCAUUAACGGAUUUAUUCUGCGGGUUUGGAACCAGCGACUCAUCGCCGUCGGCAUCACCCGGAGAGCGGCCGGGACAUGGAGGCGGUGAGCGCGUGGAGCCCGCGACGCGUCGUGGACUGGAUGCGAGGCCUGGACGACAGCCUGCAGCAGUACGUCCCGUCCUUCCAGCGGCAGCAGGUGGACGGUGAGAAGCUGCUCCGGAUGUCCCACCAGGAGCUGCUGUGUCUGGGCGUGUCGCGGGUCGGACACCAGGAGCUGGUGCUGGAGGCCGUGGACCUGCUCUGCGCUCUGAACCACGGCGUGGAGUCGGACCACCUGAAGACGCUGGUGGGGAAGAUGAGGGCGGCUCACCACAACCUCAGCGGCGCCGUGUCGCAGCGCAGGAAGAACCCGGCGUACCACAACAAACACGCCCACCAGCCGUCCAACGAGUUCCUGACGGCCGUCGUCCAGCUGAUCGCAGCCGCCAAGAGUCUGCUGGCAUGGUUGGACAGGACUCCUCUGACGAGCGCCAACGACUUCACCGCCACCAAGAGCAGAAUCAUCCAGCUCUGCCUGGAGCUCACCUCCACCGUGCAGAAGGACUGUACUGUUUAUGAGAUGGAGGAGAAGAUUCUGGAAGUGUCGCGAGCUCUGAACGGCGUCUGCGAGGAGACGGCCCAGGCGACCUCUGACCCCUCGAGGAGCGAUCUGGCCUGUCUGGAGGAGGUUCACAUCACCAACGUCCGGCCGGGCGAGGGACUGGGGAUUUACAUCAAAUCCACGUACGACGGACUUCACGUCAUCACGGGGACGACGGAGAACUCUCCUGCGGAUAAAACCCAGAGGAUCCACGCCGGAGACGAAGUGGUGCAGGUCAACGGACAAACUGUGGUGGGCUGGCAGCUGAAGCACCUGGUGGAGAAGUUGAGGGCGGAGACCGGGGGCGUCGCCCUGACGGUGAAGAAGAGGCCGGCGGGCGUCUGCGGCGGCUCCGCGGCGGCUCCUCUGAAGAACCUGCGCUGGAGGCCGCCGCUCGUUCAGACGUCUCAGAGAGCCUCGGUUCUCUACAGAUCUCUGCAGCCGGAAACCUCGGACGCUCCCGGGAGAGGGAGGGCGGCCAUCUUGGACUUGUACAUCCCUCCUCCCCCUGCAGCGCCGUACGUACCGCUCGACGGGAGCACCAGUGUGUCUCCGGGUGUGAAACCGAGGCCCAACUCUCCGAACUCCUGUCUGGACUCGGACGUGCGGCGCCGCGGCAACAGCAGCGCUGUCGGAGACGACGGCGGCCCCUCGUCGGCCGAUCUCAACCCGCCGAUGCCCGUCCGCCACCGACAGCGCUCGUCCACACGCUGUAAACCUCGUCCCGUCUCCAUGCCGGCGGAGGUCCUCUCGGCCGUGUCCUCCAGGCCCGGAGCCCUGGGGAGGAGAGGGCCGGACGUUCUCCACCGGUACCUGAGCAACGAGGGGAUCAGCACCAUCGAGGAGGAGGAGCCGUGCUUCCCGCUGCCGUACCGCGGGCACCCGUCGGUCCGCGGCGUCGACCACAUCCGCGGCAGCCGGUGCUUCAUCAACACCGACCUGCACAACAGCGCCACCAUCCCCUACCAGGAGGCGGCGUCCAAGAAGUCUGCGUCGGCGACGUCGCCCGCCGCCUCGGCUCCGCCUCUUCCUCCGCCGCCUCAGGCCGUGACCAAACAGUCCACGUCGCUGCUCGGCGGCUGGCUCGCUCGCCUCCGGCUGCUCAGCCAGUGACGGAGCGGAAACGCGGCGAACAGACAAGAGUUCUCUGUGUUUCGUCCGGUUGCUGAUUUGUGAAAAGGUUUUUACAAGUGUGAAAACCAACGAGUGGAACACGGUGGAGGACACGUCACAUUUCCACUGGUCGAAGCUCGUUGUGGACUUUUUUCAUUUCCUACUGGAGAGUCGUGUUCACUGGUUAUCAGUCAAAUCUUAUCAACAAUAUGAAAAUUGGAAAAAAUUCAGUUGAGAUGAACCCGACGGCCCGUCACACCUGCUUUGCUCUGAUUUUAUAUUUUAAAAAAUGCAUCCAAACAUUAGUGAAAAUCCUUUUCCUUUUUUUUUUAUGUUGACCACUGCGUCACUGUGACAUCAUCGAUGGGCGUGGUCAGAGGUGGAACAGUGACCACAGUAAAACCUUCCUUCUGGUGCUUUUAGAUUUUUUUAAAAAACGGAAAAAUAAAAAGCCAAACUUUUACGACGAUCUGAUGAACUAAAAAAUACAUAUCUUUGAAUGGUCGUGAGGUUCAAACAAUCUUUACUCUAUAAACCAUGAAGACACUUAGCUGCUGGAACCUCAACUUGUUGUAUGAACUUCUGGACAUUUCUCUUUUGAAUACAGCUCAUAAAAGUAUUUAUAUAACCAAGGUUGGGUCGCAACGGAUUACAGGUAAUCUGGAUUACGUAAUCAGAUUACAAAAAUAAGCGACUAUAGUCGGACCAGAUUACAUUUGAAAAAUGUGUAAUCAGAUUAUAGUUACAUGGUCAAGGAUUUACGUUACUGACUAGAACAAUUGCCAUUUCAUUUGUAUUCAGUACCUGAUUAUACUUCAAAGUAAUCUGACCCAACCCUGUAUAUGACUGUAAUUACACUGUAAAACAGCUGCGUCAAAGACAUAUAGAAAUGUGUGUACCUGUUCUGAAUUUGAACCAUGCAUGUAAGAAAUAAAUGUUUCCAGUGACAAACUGACUUUUCAACGUUGAACCUGCUGAGCUUCCGUACAGAAUGUCAAACUCAUUGAGAAAAAAAAUACAGAAUAUAGAUUGACUUUUAAGAUCUGAUGACAGCGAAGCUCGUCUGUGUCAAGAAUCAACAAGCGGAAUAAGAAUCGAGUUAAAAGGAUUGACGCCUUGAUGGCGAGCGUCCGAUUCAAAGAGCAGAGGAAUCAAAGUCAAUUGUAUUUUGUCAUUUGAAAAUGGUGAAUCAUUUUCUAAACACCAGCACCUUUUCCUCUCGACCUCAGGAGCCGUUAGCGCCUAUGGAAUAUGGACUUUAUUUGUUAAAACAAACAAUUUGUAAAAAUGUUGCAGCUUUUAUAGUCUAUAUAAAAAAAAAAAGAAGUACUACUGCCACGCGACCUACAGUUUUAUAUCUGCGCUUUUCAGAGUAUUUCAAAUUAAGAGCUAGCUCACGUUACAAUUAAAAUGGAACACGGCAAAUAAGAACAUUAACCAAAAUGUUUUUCAUGACUCAACAUUUCAUUUCAUUAGCCUUGAGGUUAUUUUACAUUAAGUGUAUUUUUUGUAACUACGUGAUGUAACAACUUCCAAAUAUCUCACUGUCAUCAAUAGACUCGAGAACAAGUCGUCGUCUGAUCUGACGCUGGUUUACUGGAAGUUAUGUAAAGUUUCACAUUAGACCAACUGGUUUUAUGUAUUUCAGCUGGGAGUUACUACACUCACAAAAACAUAAGUGGUUCCUCCAAAGGGUCUUUGAAGAACUCCUUUGUUUAUGGUUUUUGACAAUUUAGAACCGUCUGAAGGAGUUCCUCAGGGAAACGUCGUGGAUCCGCUGAUGUUUACGAUCUGAGCUUGUUAAUUUCCCUCCAGGAUCUUUUUUUUUUUACGUUUGUCAACGUGUUUCUUCUGGCUCAUGUUUUAUACUAACAAAACAUAAUGCAAGAGCUAUGAAACUUGUACAUAAGAUUAUCAGUGUAACAAACUGUAGAUAUCACAGACACAAACUUGCAUUUUCUUUUGAUAUGUUUUCAGACAGAGUUUAGAUAUUUGGUUUCUUAACACAAUAUUUCAGUUUAAAGGGAGACUGACAGUUUGACAGUUUCCCUUUAAGAUGAAAAUCAUCAUGUUUAUUGUUCAGGGGGAGUAAACAUGUAAUAUCUGAAGCUCUUUAGUUCUGCUACACGUUUUGUAAUGAUCACUGUUAGACUCUGAACCGUUCCAGAGCUCUGACACUUUGUUACUCGUCAAGAAUAUAAACAAUAAAGUUUUGUUUGUGUUGAAA